AUGGAAACGUGGUCAGUUGAUCAGGUCUGCAGUUGGUUGGUGGAGAAAAAUUUAGGAGAGCUAGUGCAUAGGUUUCAAGAGGAAGAAGUAAGUGGGGCCGCUCUUCUAGCACUUAAUGAUCGGAUGAUUCAGCAAUUGGUAAAGAAAAUUGGGCACCAGGCUAUUCUGAUGGAUCUAAUUAGAAAAUAUAAACAGAACUGUCAAGGACUGAGUUCUCCUGGAAGCCCUAGAGAAACAGCCCUGCUGAGGCAAACAGAAGCAGCCCCACUGAGCGAGCAGUCCUCGAGCCCAGCCAGUUGUGGGCAGCAGAUGCCAUCUUUUUAUCCAGCAGAAAAUUUGGGCAAUGGAUUGAUUGACCAAAGAGUCCUGAAACAGAGAAGGAAUGUGAAGCAUGCUCUAGCAAGGACUAAAGCCUUACAAUGGACUAAGUCCUAUGUUUUACCGGAGUUUCCCUAUGAUGUCAAAUGCAUGUUAGCAGAACAGAAAUGUCCUGACCACAGCAUGAGGAUACGGAUGAUUGAGUUUCUCCAGGCUGACAUGACUAAGUAUCUGGAAGGCUCACUGUAUCCAAGUACUCAGCAGUACAACGAUGUGGUCAACACCCUGCUGCAGACCCACCCUUUCCUGGAUGAAGAUGGCUGUGCAUUUUUUUUAUGGAAACGAGCCCUCAAAGAUCGGUUUAAAUAUGUUCGAAGAUCCAUAGAAGAUGAUGAACAAGUGAUGAGAAACAAGUGUAAAUUUGGACACCAAAGAGGAAAGACUCGGAAAUCUCUUACUAAUCUGAGAUGUGAUGAAUUUCAUAUUGUCCAGAUGAAAGAAGAAGCUGUUUGUUUAGAUUCUGAGGUAAAUGAGCAUAUUAAAUGGUUCCAGCAAGAAUAUGUAAAAUCAGAAAAGGACUGGAAAGAAAUUGACAACAGGAUGAGCCAAACUUUGGAAUUAAGAAGAAAGUUGAUCAACAGCAGAAUACCUCUGAAGGACAUUCUUCAAAUGUUUCCCUUCUUGAAGUGCCCUCCUCAGAUGUUCAGAGAAUUCCAACUCCUUACAAGAACAGAUAUUUAUAAGAAAACAAAGCACAUUUUGGAAUCCUAUUCAGAAAAUAUACUGACUUCUUAUAUAGUGGCAGAUAAUCCAAUCAAUACUGUUUUACAAGAAAAAAUGAAACAGUACACAGAUGAAGACAUAUUAAAACAUAUGAAGAUGACAGCCACAUGUUUACUCCUACCAGAUGUUUUUGGGGAUGAUCCUAACCUUUUUGUUGUUGUAAAUGAAAAGGUGCAGGUUUCAACACCCGUGUUAGAAGUAAAAAACCCUUUCAACAUCAGUGACUGUGAAUUUUCUUUGUAUUUAGAAAAAGAGAGGCUCACGAAGGUGGAUGACUGUAUUACAGCCUUGGCCGCGCUCUUAGCUGCAUUUCAUGUGUUUGGGAUUAGGUGCCCACAAAGACUGUGCCAAACCCUCAGGUUUCUAAAAACACUGAUUUUUGAUAUGCACCAUCGCUUUCCCCUUGUAACGGAAAAGGAAAAGAAAGGAUUUCAACACCUAGUCAUGGCAUGCAAAAAGCUAUUAGAAUUAUCUCUGGGAUAA